GUUGUUUUUUUCAAUGAUUAAAUUGUACAUUUUUCACGUAGAAAUAACAAUAUUGAUCUAAAUCAUAAAGAAGUAGAAGUUUAGAAAUGUGUAAAAAACAAGCAAUCAAUAGCAAAUUAAAGAGUUUACCUCAAUUUUGGACACUCGAAAUAGUUUUUCACAUUAAUAGGAGAAGAGAUCUACAAGCUCAUUGAAAAAAUAUAGCCUCUAAACCCAGAAGCUGCAUCAAGCUCAUCCACAUCAAGUUUGAAUCUUGAAUGGAUAGUCAAAUCGAAAAAAAUAAAUAAGAAUAGAGUUUACCGAAAUUCGCAAAGACCACAAAAUGGGGACAAAAUAGAGAUACCGGAAGACAUCAACGGAGAAAUCUAUUAAUCGUCAGCCAAAAAUCAAACACCAAACAAGUAUUCAUUGCUCAAAGUGAAGAAAGUUGAAGAGAUAAGAGUAUUCAUUGCUAAAUGUUAAGCUAAUUUUAUUUUAAAAUGUGAUUAUCUUUUAUAAUAUGUGCCGGUAGAUAUAUUAGUUUAAGGUAAAAUUUGGUGUUGAGUUGGAGAUGUAUCGAAAGGCAGCAAACAGCGGGAUUCGCGCUAAAGCGAGAACAUACACGACAUUCGCCUGACUACCAUCGAUCGUCCCUCUCGUCUCCCGCCACUGCACUGCCAAAUCAAAAUCACAUCAAGUUUGGAGCUGCUUAUGGGCAUAAGAUGGCCAAGGAUUCUAAGACCGAAGCAGCUCUCACAACUAAUACUGAGCCAGAAGAACCCACUGAAAGCGCUUCAAAUUUUUGAUGAAGCAAAAUGCAAGUAUCCAACUUACCGUCACAAUGGUCCUGUUUAUGGCACUAUGAUUAAUAUUUUAGGCAGAUCAGGUAGAACAACUGAAAUGAAGAGAAUAAUUAAUCAGAUGAAAGAGGACUCGUGUGAGUGUCAUGACUCAAUAUUUGUGAACGCCAUUAGAAGCUAUGCACAGGCUGGAUUAACAAACGAAGCCAUUUUUCUUUUUAAGUCUCUCCCGGAGUUCAAUUGUAUAGAAUGGACAAGAUCUUUGAAUACUCUUUUGGAGAUAUUGGUAGAAGAAUCUAAGCUAGAAUCUGUUUAUCAGUUAUUCCUUGAGAACUCUUGUAGAUGGGAAGUGAAGUCUCGGGCGCGUUUCUUGAAUUUGUUGAUGAAUGUUCUUUGUAGAAUGAAACGCUCAGAUCUUGCAUUGCAUAUUUUUCAAGAGAUGAGUUACCAGAACUGCUAUCCAGACAAAGAGAGCUAUAGGAUCUUGAUGAGGGGUUUAUGUGAAGAAAAGCGGCUCAACAAGGCUACUCAUUUGCUGUACUCAAUGUUCUGGAGGAUAUCUCAGAAGGGAAGUGGUGAAGAUGUGGUUGUCUAUCGAACUUUAUUGGAAGCAUUGUGUGAUAAUGAAGAAGGGGUGGAGGCCAUACAAAUUCUUGGUAAGGUAUUGCGAAAAGGACUAAAAUCUCCGAAAAGAUUCUUCAAGCAGAUUGAUCUUACUCAGUGCCAGAAUGGAUCAGAUACAGAAGAUAUGAAAGUUUUGAUUAAUGAUGCUUUGAUAAAAGGCAUAGUUCCCAGUUCAGAUAGCUAUAGAGCAAUGGCUGUUGACUUUUACGCCGAAGGCAAGAUUGAUGAAGGUAACAAAGUGCUCAAGGAAAUGCAUGACAGAGGCUUCAAACCGUCAGUGGCAAUUUAUGAAGCAAAGGUAGCUGCUUUUUUCAGGGAUGGCCAGGUUGACGAGGCAAUUAUGGUCAUUGAUUGUGAGAUGGUGCAAAAAAACUGUGUUCCGAAUAUAAGAUUGUAUAAUGCAGUUAUAAAAGGCCUAUGCCAUGAAAGGAAAUCUACUUGUGCUGUUAAGUAUUUGGAAAGGAUGUCUAGGCAAGUAGGUUGCGUGCCAAACUAUGAGACUUAUGAAACUUUGGUAGAUGGGUUAUGUAAAGAUGGUAAAUAUGUUGAAGCAAGCAAUGUGAUGGAGCAAAUGUCAAUCAAUUCCUUUUGGCCUAGAGUUGGAACUUUUAAUUCUCUUAUUCAAGGUCUUUGCCAAGUAGGUGAUUUACACGGUGCAAUUAUGUGUUUGGAGGACAUGAUCUCUCUAGCCUUGACUCCAGAUAUCCAUGUGUGGAAGUCAUUAUUAGAUGCAAUCUGUUGUGAAAAUGGUAUGAAUGAGGCUUCUUUCAAGACACUAGAGCAGCUACAGACACCUUAUCAUAGUCUAUAACUACAUCUGUAUUGCUGGAUUUUCUCCUUUUCUUUUCUGCCAAAGAAUGCAGAAGAGAAGCAGCUGAGACCACAACUACUCACACUUAGCUUUGUUGGGGGCAUAUAAGUGGCGGGUCAUAACAAUAUUCUCAGAAUUAGAUCAACUACAUGACAUUACAGAGAUCUAAUUCAGAGAGAUGGAUCUUCAAAUAGGAGCAAAUCUUCAAUCUUUUCUGGUUGGAUGUAUAUUAACAAGAAUAUUAGAUCUUGAACAUGUUGUCCAUUGUGUUGUGAGUCUUUGUAAAUGCCUCUCCAAAUUCUCAUUUCUUCUUAAUGAUCUGAUUUUUCAUGUCUGAAUUGACGCUGCUAAUACUGUAUGUCUGUAUCCAUAACCAUUGUAUGGGUACUAAAGGGCCCUCUUUAAGUUUACCAGAGAGUAGAGUUUAGUAGCUUUGUUGACAAGAAAGCAGUUUUCUUUGAA